AUGGACCAAAAAUCAAUCAGUCGGCUCUGUCACUUCGGUCUCUACAACGAACAUUACGCCAAUACGAAGGGACUUCAACCGUUUUCCCCUCACGAGGAAAGUGCUAGAUUCUCGCUGUACUGGGAUUGGAGCUUGGCUCAGUCACUUGCUGAACACUCUGACACUAUAGCUGCCAAGCUUGCAGAACAAAGUUCUCACAAAUUCUCGCAUAUUCCUUUCACAGAGUUUGUUCGACGGGCUCAUGGACUACCCUCACAAGCGAUUGAGGGUUUCCUUUGGGAAUACGAUUUUCUCGAGGUGAAAAUUUACAGCAAGUUUAUCCGAAACCUCCAGCAUCUCGGAAUUUUAGUUGAAGUGAAACAGAGUUUGAAGGAAAUAGAUGCAGAUCCUUUUUUGUUUGCUGCGAUCGAGAAGGCUUUGCAACGUGUUAUGCUCCAAAGAAAGCCACACGUGCCAUCAAUUGAUAGAAAGAUGGAAGGUGUGAAGCCGGAGCUAGACGAACGACUCCAGUGGAUCAUCGAGCCACUGCAGCGACUGCUCCAGACCCCCGACACCGCUCGAAAUAUAUUACAACGACUAAAGAUAUUGGAGAAUCGGUUUUACAAGCUCUACAGGUCCCCCGAAGCCACUUGGGGGGCAUUCGAUAUCAAUACAUCAUUCUUUGACCAGAUUGAAUGGAUUGAUGCUUUCGAACUUGCCAAAGCUUUGUCGAGAAAAGAUCACCAUUUCUUUUCGCAGUACGUUGUGGAUGCCCUAAAUGGAAAGAAUGAUCAUGCUCAGCGGAUACUCAACACACGAUGGAACGACCUCAGCAUUGCAGUUGAAGAGUGCAUAGUUGCCGAGGUUGACGUUUGUCCAAAAAUUGAUCAUUUGGCCCAGGAGCUCUAUCGUGUUCGCAACUAUUUUUCCCUAACAGCCAUCAUCCAGGGCAUCAAAGCAAGUGGCCUUCAGACAAAAGCCUUGGGAGACUUUGGCUACCUCGUCGAUUCUAAGAAUAAUUAUGAGAUGUAUCAGUGGCGAGCGAGAACCAGGCCCGGAAUGGACUUUCUCUUUCCUGCACUCAGGGCCAUGACCUGUGGAAAACCUGAGCUGGCAGCUAAGGUGAUUGAUCGGCAUGCAAUUUAUAAAGUUGAAAGCUGGCAACACCAUUGGUUCUUUUAUCCAUUUACUGCUAGCUUCGGACGUUGA